AUGGCAUUCAAUCAUGCUGAUCAGCUCUCUUUUGUUUUCGGCCUUCUUGGUACUAUCGUCUCGUUUCUUGUAUUUCUAGCCCCAUUGCCAACCUUUUAUAGGAUAUAUAAGAAAAAAUCAACAGAAGGCUUCGACUCGCUGCCUUAUUCUGUAGCACUAUUUAGUGCGACUUUAACCUUCUACUAUGCCUUCCUGAAGACAAAUGCACUUAUGCUCAUCAUCAUCAACUCCAUUGGCUUUGCCAUUGAAUCCAUAUACCUCGUCGUCUACAUGAUAUACACACCCGGGAGAGCUAAGAUUUAUACAGCAAAGCUGCUUAUCUUAUUUAACAUAGGGUUUCUGGGGUUGAUCAUACUUUCCACAUCACUGAUCAUUCGAGAGAGUCAUCUGAGGCUCACAGCUGUUGGAUGGAUUUGUGCCAUAUUUUCUGUUUGUGUUUAUGCUGCUCCUCUUAGUGUCAUGAAGCUGGUUAUAACAACAAAGAGUGUGGAAUUCAUGCCAUUGUCACUAUCAUUCUCUUUGACAAUCUGUGCUAUAAUGUGGUUCUUCUAUGGGCUACUGAUAAAGGAUUUCUUCGUAGCGACACCAAACAUACUAGGUUUCACAUUCGGAACAGCUCAGAUGAUAUUAUACAUUAUUUACAAGGAUUCGAAGAGACAAGUGGUGUUGCCAGAAUCUAUGCCACAACAGGAUGUGCCAAAUGGGAUCCAAUUGAGCUUAACAGAGAUGACAAUGGAGACUGUUGAGCCAAGUGAAUCCAAUGUGUAAGCCGAGCCGUGAGGGGAUACAAAUUAUACAAAGACUCCAUAUCAUACAUACUAUAUUUUCAAUUAUAGCAUUUAUGCAUCAAAACUAAUUAAUAGAGCCUGCCCGCAACCACGUCAACUAUGGUCGGAUUAAAUAUCUUUGUACUAUGUACUAUGUACUAUGUAUGUGAUG